AGUACAGUUUACAGUAGCGAGUUUUGCAAUACCGUCUCUCAGGUACGGUAAACGUAAAUCGGGGACGUUAUUCGCUCGCGAAAUAACGUCGCGAUGUACCAAGCGAUCAAUAGCAUUAAUGAUUUACGUUUACCGUAUCUGGAGUGACGGUAUUGGAAAAACUCCCCAGUAUGUCGUCGGUGGCCACGUCGUGAUUUCUUGCGCUCAGGAUAAAACAGGCAUAUGAGAGAGCGAGCCGCGUUUCGCGAUUCGUCCUGAGGAGUGAGGACCCUACUCCGAGCGACGCGUCGAGAAGGAGUGGGACGGCUCGCCAGAUGAUAAUGGGCGGUGGAGCCGCGUUGAUAAAGCUCACUCGCGGUCGCGGUUCGUACGUGCGUUGCCGUGAACGCCGGCCUUAAAGUGUCGUCAUCAUCAUCGUUCACCAUCGACGAGUAAGGAGAUCGGCGAGUGAGAAGAAUCGGCAGUCUCGUGAACCUCCGCGGCGCUAAACCCAUUCGUUCGAUUGCUGCCCGCCGGAGUAACCGACAAGUCGCGGAGACGCCGCGGGAAAGAGGCCGUCCGAGAGAAAGAGUGCUGCAGCUUUUGCAGAAUCAUCAGGACAACCGCAAGAGAAUAAUAAUAAGAAGAAAUCUCACUCCGAGCGCCAAACAUGGACAAUUACACUUCCGACUCGAGCGACUCGGAUUUUAGCAAAACGCUGGAUCUGUCGUAUCUAUCGCUAAGUGCCGAAGAGCUGGACGAGCAACUGAUGGCCAUUAAGAGCCCGGAACACGUGGACACGCUGUUGCUGAAGCAGAAUCGUCUGAGCAAUUUACCCUCCAGCGUGAUCAGGUUUACCGGCCUCAAUACUCUCGACAUCUCCGGCUGCGGCCUCAGCAGACUGCCGGACUUCUGGCCGGAUUGUCCGCUCACCUGCCUGAUCGCCAAGCACAACCAGCUGACGAACGACGGCCUGGUCAAAGCCUUCGAGAACCUGACUUCCGUGCGCGAGCUGAACCUCAGCGGCAAUCGGCUCACUGAGUUUCCUGACCAGGUACUUAACUUGGUGGACCUCAAGUACCUCUACCUCGGCGGCAAUCUCAUCGGCGAGAUCACCGAGAACAUCUGGAAGUUGCAGAGGUUGCAGGUGCUAUCAAUGGGAGGCAACAGAUUGUUGGAGGUACCGUCCACUCUCGGUCAGCUCAAAGCCCUGCAGGCCCUCGUACUGUGUGACAAUAUGCUGGAGAGCCUGCCGAGCUCAAUAGCCAAUCUGACGAGACUCAAGUCCCUGUUGCUGCAUAAGAAUAGACUAAGGACAUUACCCACCGAAAUCAUCAAGCUGAAAUGCCUGACAGAGUUAUCUUUGCGAGACAACCCGCUGGUGGUGAGAUUCGUGUCCGAUAUGACGCACGACCCACCGUCUCUGUUGGAGUUGGCGGCGCGCGUCAUCAAGACCAACGAUAUCCGAUAUGACGACGAGGAUGUGCCGCGUAACCUGCUGGAAUACCUUGACAGCGCCCACCAUUGCGUCAAUCCCAAGUGCAAAGGUGUUUUCUUCAACAACCGCGUGGAGCAUGUCAAAUUCGUCGACUUCUGCGGCAAAUAUCGCCUGCCGCUGCUACAGUAUCUGUGCAGCAGCAAGUGCAUCGGGCCACGUGACAGCGACGAGGAGCUCGUAUCCGGUGCCAUGAUCAGGAAGGUUCUUCUCGGUUGAAAGCCCGAAGAACAUCCCGCAUCUGUGCGACGUUCUGAUGGUCUGACGAAGACUUCGACGGGCUGACGAGCGUCUCUUCACUUCUCGCUCGGAGAUCUCACAGAUGGACCGGCGAUUUCUCGACCUGGACGUUGAUACGCACAUAUAUGCGCAAGCAUACGCACGCGCACAUGCACACUCGUAUCUUUAUAAUUUCUAUUUUGAGUUAAACGAUGCGCGGUACCGCGAGUGACGCAAGUACAGUUCGACGAAAUAUAGCAAAUAAAACGUUUCAUGCGAUAAAACGUUUUUUUCCACCAUUUUGUCCCCACAAGCGACAAAGUACAGAUAUAGUGCAAUAAUUCGUAGAACCGCUUGCAUCUCGAAGAGAUAAAAGGUCACCACCUGUUGUCGGGAGGAAAGCUCUGCCUGGCGCAGAAGAGGGACGUAAGGCGGAGGUUAACAUUAUCGUUAAUAUUUUAUUGUUAAAUAAACCACAAAAUGUACAGUAAUAAUAAUA